AUGGUAUAUCAUGCGGUUACUGCGAAACAGCAUCUACUGAAGGUUCGAGCUGAGGAAACUAAUGAUAGUAAAAAGCCGGAGGCUCGUUGGGUGGCUGACUUUGUUAUUGAAGUGAAAGGCUACAAUGUAUUACUGUAUGACCCUGGUUGCCGUUCUCAAGGGGCAAGUUUAAAACCGUACACAGAUGGUCAAGCUGUCUCUUCACAAAAGUUCCAGAAUGACGGAAUCAUUUAUCAUUUGACUUGUCAAUGCCGCAAGCAAAAUAUUGUGUGGGUAAGAACUUCAAGCAAUUCCGGAGUUUUGAUCGGCAAUUGUCGCAAGAAAAUUCGAAUUUUCACGGAUGAAGCAACGCUUUGUAAUGCGACACUUACUGCAGUGUUAGUUUCUCUGGCAGGGAAUCGUUCUACGGUAAUACUGCAGUUAAAAAAAGCCGAUGUCAAACGUGAAUACUUUUUUCUUUUGAAAGUUAACUACGAAAAAAAAUACAGCAGUGAUGAGUUGUCGAGGUCAUUGCUCAUUUCUUUCCCACCACCUCAUUCUCUUCCGAAAUUAGUCGAAAAUUAUGUAAAAGGUAUUGGAUUUAUGGAAGAAAUUGAACGUAUGGACAAUUUGAUGAAGCAGAAUGAACAAUUUGUUAAACAGUUCAUAUCUAUUUUAAUUCCACUAAUUAUAAAAGCCACACCUGUAAACUUACUAAAGUGUGAUUAUGAUGACAUAAAAAUCUUGUGCUUUUCAUACAAUCAUAAAAAAAAAUUAAUGCAACACUAUCUCGCAGAAUUUAGACAAACAUUAAUGAACCAAAUUGGAACCUAUUAUUCAGAAAUACCGAAUAAUACUCUCUACUAA